UUCGUCAUCACCAGCCGACGACAACAACAUGGCGAGGAAGCAACGUGGGGCAACAGCACACGGGUCGUCGAAGACGGCGGAUAAUGGCGACGGAGGACAUGCGGAACAUUUCAGCUUAUUGCUCGAGUCCAGUGACGACGAGGCGCCCGAAGAGGUGACGUUUGAAGACUCAAAGACGCAGGCGCUGCGGAGCAUGAAGGACGCGCUGGACACGGUCAGAAGGGAAAAGGAGCAGCUUAAAGAGAAGAGGAGGAGGAGACAGGAGCUGUUUCAGGAACAGAAGAAAAGAAGACUCUUACCGGCCGACGUGUUGGAGGAGAUCGACUCCUCCUCCUUUGCAAAGAAGCAGAAACCGUCUGACGACAAAGCUGAAGAGCAGCAGCAGGAGGAGGAUGAUGAGGAAGAGGAAGAGCGAGGGAAGACGCAAAAGAAGAGGAGUGGGAAAUUGGCACAUGCUCGAAAUCUGAAGGGUAACUACACGGUGGCAACGGUGAAGGAGCGAUCGUCGGCGACCUUCCAGCAACAGGUGGCCCAAGACUUCAUCCAGUCCAGGCUGUACGGACCAGGCAGCUGCAGGACCACGAAUAACGAGCUGCUUUCACUCCAGAACAAGAAAGGGAGGAAUCAAAGUGCAGCGGUGCAGUUUGUCAAGAAAGACUGGGCCUCCAAGGAAAGAGCCAAAGCAGAGAAGAUGAAGAAGAGGUGGAUCCACAAGCAGCAGGUUCACUCUUGCUGACCAUGCCCCUGGAGACCUUCCCCGCCCCGGCAACACAAUGGAUUUAUACGGAGGAAGACGUGGUUUGAAUUCCACAGUCUGGACUUGAUGUGGGACUGGUACAAUGUGCAGAAAUGGCGAAGAAGAAGACGACGACGUGGUUCAGGAUUUAUGGCUCAAACUUCAUCCGGGACGAUAAAAAAUUUGCUUCCAGUUAAAUCGCUGUAUUAAUAAAUGCUAGUUGUUUUA